AUGGGGCUGGGUCACCCCAGGGUGGGCACUGGGGUGGGUGGCCAGUGCCAGGGCGAUGCCAAGGGGCCCUGCCUGGCUCCCACGGAAGCCGCAGCAGCGUCUCGCCCCCGUGCCGGGAAGGCUCCUCUCGGCUGGAAUAUUUGCUCCAUGAGAUCAUGGUUUGCCGAAACAGCCAGGAGCCCUCGGCAGCGGCUGCGGGAGGUGACGCGUCCCGGGGUCACCGCGGGGAGGUGGCUGCUGGUGACGGUGGUGCCGGUGUCCCCCACCCCUGCUCGGGGCCAGGCUGUGCUCUGCGGGUUUGGGGACACCUGGGGACCCCGCUCCUGCCUUUUCCGCUACAAUGUCCUGUCCCUGGUGUACCUGCUCUUCCUGCUGCUCCUGCCCUGGUUCCCGGGGCCCUCCCCACGAUUCACCACAGGUCACACCACCCGCAUCCUCAAGGCUCUGCUGGGGACCAGCAUCCUCUUCCUCCUCGCCCACCUGGUGUUCCAGAUAUGCCUGUACACCCUGCCCGUCCUGGACCAGCUGCUGGGGCCCAGCUGCAGCACCUGGGAGGUCCUUGCUCGGCACAUUGGGGUCACCAGGCUGGAUUUGAGUGACAUUCCCAACUCGGUGCGGCUGGUGGCACCCGACGUUGGCAUCCUGCUGGUGUCAUCUCUGUCCCUGUGCGUGUGUGGCCGCCUCAGCCCUGCCACCUCCAGAAGGAAUCUCGAGUCCCUGGAGUCCUCUGAGUGGAGGGAAGGGAAGGACGCAGGGCGGCAGCGGCGCGCGGCCGGCAGGGACUCGCGGCUCAGGAAGCGGCUGAGGGACAAGGCUCACUCGCUGCUCUGGGAGGCUGGCAAGGCCCUGGCCAUCCUGCUGCUGGCCUUGGCAGGGAUCACCCUGCCCUCCGCCUCCUCCUCCGUCUACUUCCUGCUCUUCGUGGGGCUGUGCACGUGGUGGGCCUGUCACCUCCCUGGCGGCCACCGAGCCUUCAAUGUCCUCUGCGUGCUCGUGGGCAUCUACAGCGCCUGCCACCUGCUGUGCCUCUAUGCCUACCAGACCCCCUUCGUCCAGGGGCUCUUCCCACCCCCCACCCUCUGGGCACGGAUGUUUGGCUUCAAUGACAUCAUCCUGUACUACAACUGCUCGCAGCCCAACACCCUGGUCCUCAACACCAGCAUCUACUGGCCUGUCUAUGCCAACCCUGGCAUCCUGCUGCUGCUCUACUACGCCAUGGCCACGCUGGUGAAGCUGCGGCUGCGGAUGGAUGUCAAGAGACCCGUGACACCGGCACAGCCGUCCCCAACGGACCUGGUGGAGCUGGAGAGUUGGCCCAGGGACACUGAGCAGGUGACUGAGGACACCAAGCCCAUGCUGUCCUCCAACGCCGGGAUGUCGAGCAGCAGCGGCGAGAACUGCACCGUGCACAUCCUGAACCCAUCCCGGAGCCGCCUGACAGUGCCCCUGCCCAUGCCAGGCAGGAGGCACCCGGCAGCCUGGCUGCCCCUGCACACCCUGGGCCACGUCCUCAUGAAGCAGAGCUACGUGGUCGCCCUCGUUGCCAUGAUGGUGUGGAGCAUCAUCUACCACAGCUGGCUGACCUUCGUGCUGCUGGUGUGGGCGUGCCUGAUCUGGACGGUGCGGAGCCGGCGGCACUGUGCCAUGCUCUGCUCGCCCCUGCUGGUGCUCUAUGGCAUCAGCCUGUGCGUCCUGCAGUACGUGUGGGCCAUGGAGGUGUCUGCAGAGCUGCCCAGCCCUCCAGGCCUGCAGCCCCUGGGGCUGGUGCACCCCAUGUACCCCUGCAUAACCCUGGGCUCCAAGCUGCUGUUCACCCUCACCUUCUGGAUGCUGCUGCGCCAGUUCGUUAGCGAGAAGGUGCUGACCAGGAGCUCCCCGGCCACGCCGCUCACCGAGGUGUCCGUGGUGGACACAGGUGAGCUGCUGCCACCCCAGUGCCCCACACCCAGCACCCCACAGCUGUGGGGGCACACCCCAGUGCCCCUGCCCGGCUCCUGCAGCCCCUCCGUGCCCCACAGACACCGGGCAGAUGCGGGAUGUGCUGCAGAGCCUGGGGGAGGUGGUGAAGAAUUUCUUCGCCAAGUUCUGGAUCCUGGUGUGCGCCGCCAAGUUCAUCGUGGUGACCUUCACCGGCCGCCUCGUCGUCUUCAAGAUCGUCUACAUGCUCCUGUUCCUGCUCUGCCUCAUCCUGUUCCAGGUGGGGAGACUGGGGGGCUCCUGGGGGCCUGUGCCACCCCCAGGGUGGCCCUGCUGAUGUCCCUGUCCCCGCAGGUGUACUACAGCCUGUGGCGCAAGGUGCUCAAGGGCUUCUGGUGGCUGGUGGUGGCCUACACCAUGCUGGUGCUCAUCAUGAACUACACCUACCAGUUUGAUGACUUCCCCAUGUACUGGAAGAACCUGACGGGGCUCAAUGAUAGCCAGCUGAGUGACUUGGGCCUGGAGCAGUUCACCAUGUCCAGGCUCCUCACCAGCAUCCUCACGACGGGUUUCUUCCUCCUGGCCUGCACCCUGCAGCUCCACUGCUUCCACGAGCCCUUCAUGCACAUCACUGACCUGGCGCAAGUCCACACCCCCCCUCCGGCCCCCUGCCACAUCCCCAGGUCUGAGGAGCUGCAGGGGAGCCGCCUGCUGCGGGAUGCGGCCGCUGCCGAGACCGCCCAGUCCAGAGACUCCGACACCGAGUCCCUGGAGUCCAACAAGUGGGGGCUGGUGCUGGAGCGGCUGGUGGUGCUGGGCCAGUCCUUCUCGGCCAUGGUGACCCGCUGGGAGGUGUUCAUGAGGCGCGUGCUGGAGCUCCACGUCGUCAAGAUGGUGGCUCUCUACACGGUCUGGGUGGCCCUGGAGGAGGUCUCGGUGAUGAACUUCUUGCUGGUGCUGCUGUGGGCCUUGGCCAUGCCCUACUGCCGCUUCCGCCACAUGGCCUCGUGCCUCUCCACCAUCUGGACCUGCAUCAUCAUCGUCUGCAAGAUGCUCUACCAGCUCAAGGUCGUGGACCCCGAGGAGUACUCCAGCAACUGCACCCAGCCCCUAGCCAACAGCACCAACCUGACCCCAGAGGAGCUGGCCAACUCCACGCUGUACCGUGACCUGGUGGACCCUGCCAACUGGUUCGGCGUCCGGAAGCACUACCCCACCUGGGACUACGUCAAGAACCACCUGCAGGUGCUGCUGCUGCUGGUGUUCGAGGCCGUGGUGUACCGGCGCCAGCAGUACUACCGCAAGCAGCAGCAGCUGGUGGCCCCCGCCACCGAGACCAUCUUCGAGGACAUCUCCCGUGAGCACCUGGACCUGGGCCUCGUCAGCUGCGCCAAAUACUUCAUCAACUACUUCUACUACAAGUUUGGCUUGGAGAUCUGCUUCCUGAUGAUCGUGAACGUGAUCGGGCAGAGGAUGAACUUCCUGGUGAUCCUGCACGGCUGCUGGCUCGUGGUGAUGCUGACGCGGCGGCGGCGCGCGGCCAUCGCCCGCCUCUGGCCCAAGUACUGCCUCUUCCUCGUCAUCUUCUUCCUCUACCAGUACCUGCUGUGCCUGGGCAUGCCCCCUGCUCUCUGCUUGGACUAUCCGUGGCGCUGGAGCAGCGCCAUCCCCGUCAACUCGGCGCUCGUCAAGUGGCUCUACCUGCCCGACUUCUUCCAGGUUCCCAAAUCCACCAACCUCAUCAAUGAUUUCAUGCUGCUGCUGUGCGCGGCCCAGCAGUGGCGCGUGUUCGAGGCCGAGCGCUCCGAGCCGUGGCUGCAGGCGGCCGGGGACAACUCCGAGCGGCUGGACCGGGAGCAGGACCACCACAACCCCACCCCAAACUUCGUGUACUGCAAGUCCUACCUGGACAUGGCGAAGGUGGUGGUGUUCUACUACUUCUUCUGGGUGGUCCUCGUGGUGGUUUUCAUCACUGGUGCCAACCGCAUCAGCCUCUUUGGCCUGGGCUACGUGCUGGCCUGCUUCUACCUGCUGCUCUCGGGCACUGCCAUCCUGCGCAAGCCCACCCGCGCCCGCCUGGCGCUCUGGGACUGCCUCAUCCUCUACAACAUCACCAUCAUCAUCUCCAAAAAACAUGCUCUCCUGUCCUGCGUCUUCGUGCAGCAGAUGCAGAACAAUUUCUGCUGGGUGAUCCAGCUCUUCAGCCUCGUCUGCAACCGUCAAGGGCUACUACAAACCGUGAGUUGCUGCUCUGGAGGGCUCAGGGCUGCAGGUUUGGGCUGCUGCCUGACCUGCCUGCACCUCUGCCUGCCAGCCAAGACGACGCACAAGGACCACGACUGCACGCUGCCCGUGGAGGAGGCUGGCAUCAUAUGGGACAGCAUCUGCUUCUUCUUCCUGCUGCUCCAGCGCCGCAUCUUCCUCAGCUCCUACUACUUGCACGUCAUGUGGAACCUCCAGGUCUCCCUGCAGGCUUCCAGGGGUGUGGCGCUGUUCAAGGCCAGCAUCAUGAAGAGCCUGAACUCGCACCGGCGAGCCGAGAAGAAGUCGCUGGACCAGCUGAAGCGGCAGAUGGAGCGGAUCCGAGCCAAGCAGCAGAAGUACCGCCAGGAGCGGCAGCCCCGCAGCACCGGCCCGGGGCAGGAAGGGGCCAGAUCAGAGCCCGGUGACCCCACGGACCCGUCCCGGCAGAGGGAGCGCUGGUGGCAGCCGUGGUCAGACCAUGCUGCAGUGCUGCGUUCUGGGGAAUAUUUCCUCUUUGAGUCGGACAGUGAGGAGGAGGAGGAGGUGCAGGAGGAGCCAAAGCCAAAGAGGCCGAGCGCCUUCCAGGUGAGCAGGGCUGGGGGUCUGCACAGCAGCCACAGGGCUGGCAGUGUCCCCAGGGUGCUGAUGAGGCGGUGCCAGGGCUCCCCUGCACGCCCGUCCCUUCUGCGUGUGGCCCGCACACGACUGUGCCGUAGCCGCCAGCAUGGGGCAGCCCCGUCCGUGGCACCGGGAGAGCGGCGGGACACCGGGCCCUUGAGGGACAGUGCCACGGGGGCGGGUUGCGGGUGCCGCGGGGUGCGCGGUGCCAUGGGGUGCCGGUACCGGCGGCUGCCCGGCUCUGCGGUUGCCGUGAGUCAGCACACGCCGUACGGGAGAGAGCCCUGA